CUCAUCCUAAUGGACGUGGCUGCUUUUCCUGGUUGCGAGGGCAGUCCUCUAUUCUUGGUGAACGAUCGGUAAUCAAUCUUUUCCUUGGCUUUUCUCUCUAGCCUCUAGCCUCUUCUCUAUUCGUUCCAUGUUCUCUGCUCGACCUCGCGCCAAUACUUCACUCGAUCCUAUCACACAAGUGGCGAUAGAAAUAUUUGCGGCAUGGUGAUCGCAUCGUCGAGCUGUUACCGCGGCGAAUGGCCAAAUUGUACUUUCGCUGUGAACCUCUUACCAUCCUUGAAGCUAAUUCUCCAAAGUCAAAUCAUAAAAGACGAGUAUCCACAAUACUUGACCUGCACCGUUUUCCCUUUCACCUGGCGAAAUCGCCUCGAAAUUGGCGCCCUUGAAAAGAGUGUCGCGAUCGUAAAGUGCGGACCAAAUUGGGGUACCGGUAUUCUCGUGGAUGAGCAAAGUGGAACGUUCGUCACAUGCGCGCACGUUCUUACUACGGCACCGAACACAAUCGUUCAAUUUGCUACAAUGACGAGUAUCGCAUCGUGCAAACGGAGGUCCGAAUGGUUUGCGGAGGGAAAGUUGAUCUACAAAACACCGGACAAUCAACCUUACGACAUCGCUGUGUUGAGAAUCGAUUCGAAAUUCGAGAAACCCCCGAUGAAAGCUAUCAAACUUGCCGAUAGACCUGCACGUAAGGGGGAACAAGUGCUUUCAAUAGCAUUCCCAUUCUCCUCGAAAGGCAGAUCACCCACUAUUACCAGCGGAAUAGUGUCAAAGACAUUGAGUUGCAUGUUACAAACGAAUUGCUGUAUACAGAACGGCGUCAGCGGUGGACCUAUUGUUCGCCGCACCGACUUUCAAAUGCUCGGAUUAAUUGUUUGCAACGCUGCCUCGACAAACGGCUCGAUUUCUUAUCCAAAAUUAUGCAUGGCAAUACCAAUUAAUGUUUUAAGAGGACCACUGAAUAAUUACCUACGAACUAAUGAUCCCCAAACGUUACAAGAUUUAACGCAACACGAUCAAAAUGUUGUAGCCACCUGGAAUCUUCGGCCUUUUCUUCCCUCAAGUAUAUGAUGAAAUCUGAUGUGAUCAAGUCCGAUGAAUAGUAGUCGAGCGAACAAAUUCCAUUUAUCUAUA